CUCUGGUUACCGGGGCCGUGUGAGAAUGUGUUUCUAUUUUUUCCCAGCGUUCCUUUGACACGGGAAGUAGUCCCACUGGCGGAUCAUAACGGGAACGACCAGGGGAAUAUCUCGGACUGCGUGGGGGGAACGAGCGGACUGCUUUAAUAGUUUAUCAAAUAAGCUUUUAAACCUAUUAUAAAUAGACGAAACUAAUCCGAGCCCGUAUUGAAUUUUUUUUGUGGAGGGAAGGACAAUCCAAGACGAAUGAUUGACUACUAAAGAGAGAGACAGAAAAAAACAAAAACAUAUCGUUCUUCGUUGCCAUUGCACAGGCUACCUGAAAUGCCAGCCCAUGUUAUCCGUUUAACGGGGGCGUCUCGUUAACGACCGUCGAUCACUGGGUGUCGGUGCAUCGGACCGGACGGCUCCAGGAGGCAGGCAUGUCGGCGCAGUUGCCACCCUGCGUUAUAGACUGCGGGACGGGGUAUACUAAGAUUGGCUAUGCUGGAAAUACAGAGCCUCAGUUCAUAAUGCCCUCAUGUAUAGCCAUCAGAGAGUCGGCUGGGGUGGGGGAUCAGGCUCAGAGGAGGCUUGUGCGCGGGGUGGAGGACCUGGACUUCUACAUUGGAGACGAGGCCAUCGACAAGCCCAACUAUGCAACCAAGUGGCCUAUUCGGCAUGGGAUGGUGGAAGACUGGGAUCUGAUGGAGAAGUUCAUGGAGCAAAUCAUCUUCAAAUACCUUCGGGCGGAACCAGAGGACCACAGCUUCCUUAUGACAGAGCCUCCGCUCAACACUCCAGAGAACAGAGAGUAUCUGGCAGAGAUAAUGUUUGAGACAUUCAACAUACCUGGGCUCUACAUCGCUGUACAGGCAGUGCUAGCGUUAGCUGCAUCCUGGACGUCUCGGCAGGUUGGCGAGAGAACCCUGACUGGAAUCGUCAUCGACAGCGGAGAUGGAGUCACCCAUGCCAUCCCUGUGGCAGAAGGCUACGUGAUUGGUAGCUGUAUCAAGCACAUCCCCAUCGCUGGGCGGGACAUCACGUUUUUCAUCCAACAGUUGCUGAGGGACAGAGAGGUGGGGAUUCCUCCAGAGCAGUCUCUGGAGACUGCUAAAGCUGUUAAGGAGCGCUACUGCUACAUUUGCCCAGACAUUGUGAAGGAGUUCACCAAGUACGACUCGGACCCAGCCAAAUGGAUCAAGCAGUACCACGGUAUCAACUCUGUCAGCAAGAACCCCUUCCACAUCGACGUGGGCUACGAGCGAUUCCUCGGCCCAGAGAUCUUCUUCCACCCAGAGUUUGCCAAUCCUGACUUCAUGCAACCAAUUUCAGACGUUGUCGAUGAGGUCAUUCAGAACUGUCCAAUUGAUGUUAGAAGACCACUAUACAAGAACAUCGUGCUCUCUGGGGGGUCCACCAUGUUCCGGGACUUUGGCCGUCGUAUGCAGAGGGACUUAAAAAGGGUGGUGGACGCCCGGCUGAAGAUCAGCGAGCAGCUCAGCGGAGGAAGAAUCAAGCCUAAGCCAAUGGAGGUUCAAGUCGUGACUCACCACAUGCAGCGCUACGCAGUCUGGUUUGGAGGCUCAAUGCUGGCAUCCACGCCGGAGUUUCUGCAGGUAUGUCACUCCAAGAAGGACUACGAUGAGAUUGGCCCUAGCAUCUGUCGCCAUAAUCCUGUGUUUGGAGUCAUGUCUUGAUGCCAAGCGCACAGCAAAGGACUAGCCUGUCAGCUUGUUAGCCUAGUAGUAGCUAUCAGCCCGUUAGCUGGCAGCUAGCCUGUUGCUUGCUAACAUGCAAGCCCUCUGGCCACACAGUAUGUUUUCCUGGUAUGGCCCCUGAAAAAGUAUCCCACUGCUUAGUGCAUUUCAGUUGUAAGCCAGUGAGAAAUUUGUGAUUUCAAAGGCUCAAUCCAAACAGAUCAGGUGUGAUUUUGCAAAUGGAUUUGGAUUAGUUUACUUUGCUGCAGUACGAAUGCAGCCUUUAUCAUGUUUCGUGUUGUCCUGAAACAGCUUCCCCUUGAAUCACUGUCCUGCUUGGUACACAAUCAAAGUCUGUCAAUUGAUCACACAUUCAUGUCGUACAAUAUUGGCCUAGUCUUAUAAAGAGUACUUGAUAGAUGCUGUGAGUAACCUAUUUAUUUUAGGUGUAUGAUAAGAGUUAAUUAAUCAAAAGAACAUGACCACAUAAUUGUAUUUAUUUAAAAGGGUUUAACCAGUUCUUGUUCACCACGCCAGCUCACAGCCAAUGUGCUGAUCAUACAUUCAAUGGAGAAAUGCAUAUUUUGAAACACACUAACCCUAACCCUAUUUUCAGAAGAUCCCAAAUAAAUUCCCUGCAAUGUGGGGAAUGCACAAAGAAAUGUAACAAAUGUAUAGAGCCAGGAUGCGGACAUCAAACCCCUACUGAGCACAGGGACUGACUGAUUGGGAUUGCAGGGCAACAAUGUAUUUAAGGGCUGUAGAGCAAACAUCUUGUAGUGUUGUGGAUUUCUGUCCAGAAUGACAGAAUGACAUGGUAAUAUUUUACUGUUUACUUUUUAUUGUUUGUUGUGUUGUCAUGUUUUGAAUGAAAAGAAAAUUGAUGUGUGCAUUCUCAUACACAAUGCUAUCGGUGCCCCUUCACAAUCACGUUUUGUGCAUGCGUGCACGUGCGUGCGCACGCGUGUGCGUGGGUGGGUGUGUGUGUCCCACUCCCGGUUUCCCUUUGAUGUGUUGCUAUGUAUUUGUGCUGACCCCUGUGUGUUCAGUGCCUGUUCAUUGUAUAAUACUAUAGGGGUGAACAGCAGAAUACUGCAUUCAGAUUGUCUAUAUAUUUGUAAAACAAAUUAUAGUUUAUCAAAGCAGAGAGAAAUAAGAAAAGAGACAUACUAUGAUGUUAUAUAUUAUAAAAUGUAGUGUAAAAUAAUUGUUAAUGUGCAGAUGUAUACUGUAGGCUUACAGAAUGCACUGAGGCAUUCAACUUGACCAUGAACAGGCCAAAACCACCAAACACUAAACCGUCCUUCCUUAAUUAUAAUUAGCUCAUGAGUGUAAAGACCUUAAGUUGUUAUUGAGGUCCAAAUUAUUCAGGAACACUGGUGUCCUUUUGCAAAGAUACACAACGUAUUAUAUCUGGAACCUAAAGAAAUGAAAUGGCUAACUAUCCCACUCUUAAUUUUAAAUUAGAUAAUGAAUAGCAACAAUAUACUAAUCUUUAGCCAAAUCUGUCUUUGACAAGAUGACAAAUUAAGGUAAAAUGGCAUUAAACCUGUAAAGCUAGAACAGCUCCUGGAUUUGACAUAUGGAAAGGUUUGGGCUUGGUUUAAUUAUUCAACUUUCAUCUCUUUAUGCGCUUAUUAAAUCGUUUAUAUUAGCCACCCACAGAGAAUAUAAAUAUAUAUGUUUAAUUUUAUUAAGUCCACACAAUAGUUGGUCAUCUAUAAUAAAGGUUGUGUUGACAAUUCAUUAUAUAGUAGGCCUACGCAUGGAAAACCGAAUGUAAUAAAGACUGCAUUUGAUAAACUGUUUUUGAUGACAAAUGACACUGAACUGAGCCAGAUGUACGAGGAAGAAUUUGAAUAAAGACACAGCACCUUCAACAUUUUUUUUGUUA